UGUAGCGUGUGAAUGUUAAUAUCCUACUACAUAUUGUUUACGCCAAACUUCGCAGACAAUCAGAAGGCUUGCGCAGAACCGAGAAGCUGCGCGCAAAAGCCGGCUGCGAAAGAAGGCUUACAUCCAGCAGCUUGAGAGCAGCAAGCUGAAGCUUGCCCAAAUGGAACGGGACAUGCAGAGAGCACACUCCCAGCCCCAGGGCGUCUUUCUUGGAGGAGCUCCAGGUGCAAACGCCAGCUCAGGCGCGGCAAUGAUCGACGCGGAGUACGCCCGUUGGCUGGAUGACCAAGGCCAGCGCAAGGCCGAGCUACAAGGAGCUCUGCAAGCGCACUUGCCCGACGGUGAUCUCCAAGCGAUCGUGGAUGACACCCUGACCCACCACGACGAGCUGUUCAGGCUGAAGGCUUCAGCAGCCAAGUCCGACGUGUUCCACGUCAUCACCGGGGCGUGGACGACCCCUGCCGAGCGGUGCUUCCUCUGGAUGGGUGGAUUCAGGCCAUCGGAUCUGGUCAAGACGCUGCUGCCCCAGCUAGACCCCCUGACCGAGCAGCAGCAACUGGUAGGCAUAUGCAACCUUAAGCAGUCGUCACAGCAGGCAGAGGAAGCUCUCUCCCAGGGCCUGGACCAGCUGCAUCAGUCACUAGCUGACACCAUGGCCAACGGAUCGCUGAUCGACGACACCAGCAUGAGCUUCAUGGGUCAAAUGGCCCUUGCCCUUGGCAAGCUGUCCAGCCUUGAAGUUUUUGUGAUACAGGCUGAUAACUUGAGGCAGCAGACUCUUCAUCAGAUGCGCCGGAUUCUGACAGUUCGGCAGGCAGCUCGCUGUUUCCUUGCCAUCGCCGGGUACCAGAACCGCCUGCGCGCCCUAAGCUCCCUCUGGGUUUCUCGGCCUCGAGAGAUACUGGUUGCAGAUGAAGGCGACUGUGGGGAGAUGAGCGCUGCAGCAUAGGCAGGCAUCCCAAAGCCAAUUUCCGUCCUUCUGAUUCAGGCAUGACUCGGAGCUCUAACCAACCUUCUGACUCAGGAGCAAGGGAGAAACGACUGGGAAGUGGAAAGAGAGGUUUUGGAUGCCAUCAGAUAUAUCUGAGAGGCACUGAAGAGAUCUGGGGAAUGGACCAAGCUUUAGAACAGGGAAAUGAUCCGUCUGAAAACGUGCGGAACCUGUAGGAGCAGUUUCCAGGACGUGAAAAAUUGUUCUGUUCACUGGAGCCGUGCCCAGUACACUGCACGUUCUUCUGGUUCUGUCUGGUCUCAAUUCUCAAAAGUAGCUCUGCCUAGCUAGUGGGUGCAGUCGGCAACUCAUACAGAUAAUUGCUGGUUGAUUACGGCAUAUCUACUAGCAAUCUCUAUGACCAUGUCACUUUCUAGUCACCCAUGAGGAUUGCCAAUGCACUAUCUUAACUAGAUCCGGUUAUUAUGAUGCGAUCUUUAUCAAUGCACUAUCUUAACACCCGAGCUGAGCAGUCGUUCGGAGGGAAGACCACGGUGUUCGAUGGAAAUAUAAAUGGUUCUUCCUA